AGUCGACGUGCUUUAACAUUGCAGUGCAAGGGCUUCCCUGUGCAUUGGGUAUCGGAUGACAAACGACAGAACUUGUUGCCAGUACUGCAGAGUGCGUCUUAGACGGGGCCACAGUUGAGUUUUUCGUGUUGCAGCGUCUAGUUCCGAGUUCGAGUCCAAGCGAAUGUUCUUCUUCCGUCGGAAAAAUGUCAAACCAGCGCCACGUCCCUCGCGCGCCCCAUCCUUUGCCCUGCCCAAGAGACGCGCGUCCGUGCAGCUGAUGCCCUCGCACCAGCACGACCAGCUGCCGUUCCUGUCGCGCUCCCGCUUCAGUGCCCUGCCCCAUUUCCGCGCCUACGAGGAUGAGCCGGAGAACCUGUCGCUCUUCAUUGCCAUCCUCUAUGUGGUGGACCUGUUCGGCAUCUUUCCGUUCGUCACGCUCCCCGCAAUGCUGGUGGAACUGGGAUACUUUGGCAUUCUGCUGGUGCUGUCCAUCAUCUUUCUGCAGAUCUACACAUCCUUUCUGCUGUCCCAAUGCUGGACCAUGGCCGAGCACCUGGAUCCCUCGAUCCUGCAGAAGCGCAACUAUCCGUACGCCGCCCUAGCGGAGCUGGCCUACGGCCCGUAUGUGAGUCUGCUGGUCUCCGUGCUCCUGGAUCUCAGCAUCUUUGCCAUGGCCGUGCCCAGUGUGGUGAUGGCCGCCGAGAACCUGGAGGCUGUCGUCCUGCGCAUGAGCGCCGGCCACUAUAACUUCUCUUACUGCUACUGGGCCAUCAUUGUGGGUCUGGUCAUCUGCCCGCUCAUGUGGCUGGGGAGUCCAAAGCAUAUGAGGGGCCUCGCCAUCAUAGCCGUCUGUGUGAUGAUCCUUAUUGUGGCGCUGCUCUGGUUCUGUCUCUUUGCUGCUCCUGCCAUUGGCACACCCUUCGAGGGCAUAUCCAUGGAGCUACCCGGAUUCUUGACCGUGCUCAGCAGCUACAGCAUUCUGGCCUUCCAGUUUGACAUCCAUCCGGUCCUGCUGACGCUCCAGAUCGACAUGAAGCGCAAGUCCCAGGUCUCCUGGGCGGCAACGAUUGGAAUUGCCAUUACCUGCAGCGUGGCCAUCUUUGGGUCCAUCAUUGCCGCCUACAAGUUUGGGUCGAUGAUAGCGAGCAACCUGCUGCAGUCGCUGCCCACGAGCGUGCCCUUCUACGUGAUGCUGAUCCUCAUGUCCCUGCAGCUGUGCUUCUCCGUGACGGUGGCCAGCUCUGCCAUGUUCCUGCAGAUCGAAAACUACUUCAAGCUGCCUGAGAGCCUCUCGCUCAAGCGCAUGGCCAUACGCUCUACUGUGCUGGCUCUGGAGGUGCUUGUGGCGGAGUUUGUGCCGAGCUUUGAUGCCCUCAUGGAUGUGGUGGGUGGCACCAUAACAGGGCCCCUGGUGUUCAUUCUCCCGCCACUGCUGUACCGCCGCAUUCGCCGGAUGGAGCGCGUCCACCAGCGGAUCGCCGCCGAAGCCAGCUACGGCAGCCUGCCGCUGGAUCUCAACUACGAUCCGGUUGAGCUCGAGAUGGAGCCGCUACUGGUGGCCGCCAAGCCCAACUCCCCGCGCGGCUGCUGGCUACGUCUGGUGCGGCUCCUGCACCGCCUCGAUUGCGAUGUCUCCUGCACCAUGGGCGUGCUGCUCUUCGGAAUACUGGCCACCUUUCUGUCCACCUACCUCAAUCUGUUCAGCCUGCCCAGUCUCUUCACCAACAACUCGCCGUGCCUGAGUAAUCUGACCAGGCCAUAGACUCGACUGGGAUUCCCUCUGUUGCCAAUCUCUUGGCCAAUUUACUCAGUCAAGUUCCAUUGUCCUGUCCUUCGAUGGGUUCAAAAACCUCAGCCAUCUUUGAAUUUAAUGCAGCAUUUUAGAGGUGUUUUGUAUAACACAAACUACAAAUUUAAUAAAUUAAUUAUAUUACACCAAGACACGCACGUACUAAGGGUACACAU